CCCACUAUGCAACAUGGCCUCGUCGAAAGCUCUUCGUGCCGCUGGUCUCAUAAUAUUCCGCCGUGUUCCACAGAUCCAGUAUCUUCUGCUUCAGACGUCGUAUGGACAUCACCACUGGACACCGCCGAAAGGACACGUGGAUCCAGGCGAGUCCGACCUGCAAACCGCGCUGCGGGAGACACAAGAGGAAGCCGGCCUCUCGGCAGAACACUUCCACAUCAUGGAGAACUUCAAGAAAGUCUUGGAGUACAACGUGAGGGGGAAACCCAAGACUGUGAUCUACUGGCUGGCUGAGCUGAAGAACAGCGACACGCCUGUAGUGUUGUCAGACGAACACCAGAAGUACGAGUGGCUGGGAUUGGAGGAGGCGUGUAGGUACUCUGGGUACGAGGACAUGCAGGAGGCCCUCAGAGAUGCGGACUCGUUCCUCAACUCUCCGAACACGUGACGAUUCUCGGGAUAAUGUGCACUUUCACUUUCUCUUUUUGUUUUACUUUUUUUGGAUCAACUAUAGAAAAAUGAGUCAUGUCAUUGUGAGACGGAUACCGUACUAUUAA